CCUACAAAUAUCCCCGCGGGAGACUUUUCGAAGGAAAUUAUCAGAACCCAAAAGAGAUCGGAAUGUCGACGUUCGCAUCGUUCUUUCCGGCGGGGUCCUCCGGCUCGCUGAAGAACCUCAGGCAGAUAUCACCGGUCGUUCAGAAUCAUCUCAAGCAGGUUUAUCUUUCACUAUGCUGCGCGUUGAUGGCCUCGGCAGUGGGGGUUUAUCUCCACCUUCUGUGGAACAUCGGAGGCAUCUUGACGUUCUUUGGUUGUACGGGAAGCAUCAUCUGGCUCCUUUCGACUCCUCCCUAUCCUUCUCUAGAGAGGAAAAGGUUUGGCCUUUUGAUGGUUGCUGCUAUGUGUCAAGGUGCCACACUGGGUCCCCUUAUUGAUGUGGUCAUCCAAAUUGAUCCUAGCAUUCUAGUGAGCGCAUUUGUGGGAACGUCUAUCGCUUUUGCUUGUUUUUCGGGAGCAGCAAUUGUUGCCAGACGGAGGGAAUACCUCUACCUUGGAGGUCUACUGUCAUCUGGCGUCUCAAUUCUUCUCUGGUUGCAGUUUGCUUCAUCAAUUUUUGGCGGUUCUACAGCCACUUUCAAGUUUGAGCUCUAUUUUGGGCUGCUUGUCUUUCUUGGAUACAUGGUGGUGGAUACACAAAAGAUCAUUGAGAGGGCCUAUCGAGGGGACAUGGACUACAUGAAGCACUCAUUGGAUCUUUUCACGGAUUUCGUUGCUGUUUUUGUCCGCAUGGUCAUUAUCAUGACAAAGAAUGCGUCGGAAAGAUCUGAGAAGGAAAAGAAGAAGAGAAGAUCUUAAAAGCGUUCUUGGUCUCUGCAUGGAAGCGACAAUGCGGUCAUCACAGAGCAUUUGUAGAUGUGUAUGAAUGUUUUUUUUUUCCUCUCUUCUUUUGGCUUUUGACUAGACCUUUGUUUGGAACAAAGUUGGUGGUGCAGUAGUUGUUUCGGAGCACAAGGAUGUAUAUCAUGGACAAGGCUUUUAACACUUUGAAAUUUGAACCUUCGCUGCUUGAGACUGGCUGGGAAAUUUGAAUGUUCACUGCUUGA